AGCGUAGCAACAUAAGUAGUUACCGAACGAAAAUGUCGUUCACACUCGCUUUCGGUGGAUUCGCAAUAAUUUUAUUUAUUUACAGUGUUUUUAAAAAGGAACCUAAACCCAUAUUUGGGAUAUAUGCAGUGCCUGGAAAGUGGUAUUAUGUGAAAUAUGUUUUCUUUUCUGCGAUAUAUUUCUUCAGAAAGUACUCUGCAAGCGGGUCCAAAAGCAGUGCUGGUCAGGGUGCUAAAGCUAUGACGGAUGUGACCCUAAUGGAUCGGGCACAACAACUAAGCGAUGAUGCUAAGGCUUUCGAUGCUAUUUUCUUCAUAUCCUCAAAAAGCGAGGGAAAUAAAGGGGUGUACGUGAUCGCGGGAUGUGAGAGACGUCCUUUAGGGAUGUGCAACGGACUCUUUUAUAUUGGACUACCAAACAAGGGUUUGCUAUGCAGUAAGAAGAUCCCCGACACGGUAUUAUUCGGUGCUGAGCCGGGCAAGUUCGGAGCAGAGGGGAUCAAGAUGACCCCUGUGGUGCCCAUGGAGAAGUGGACGAUCUCCUACAAAGGACAGAUGUGGUAUCAAAAUGAUCCGGAAAAAAUGGUUGAAGUUGACUUCUUUGGGGAAUGGAAAGCGACCUCAAAAUACUUCGAUUUCGACUCGGAUUUGUAUCCGCCGGCCGUUAUCAAGUCCAUAGCGCGGGAGAAGUGGAGCAGACAGUACUUCGAGGGACUCAAAACAGCACAUCAGUCGCAUUACGAACAGUUCGGAUCUUUGAAGUGCAAGUUUAAGAUUGAGAACGAAUCGUACGAGUACACUUUGCCGUCCUUUAGAGACCAUAGUUUUGGUCAGAAGCGUGACUGGACUCUGAUGCAUCGCUACGCCUUCCAUCACAUCUUCCUAGAAGACGGCACCAGCGUCAGCGUUGGCGUCAUCUGUCAACCCUCCACCGCAUCCGUAUUCGAAGUUGGUGUCCUAGCACUGCCUAGUGGGGAAGUACUUCCAGUUAAAUGGGUGGACUUGAAGCUGUAUCAGCAUGGGGAGGACGGAACUGCCCCCAAGGACUACGCGUUCGUAUUUAAGGCUGGGGACGAGGAGUAUACCGUGCAAGUUUUAGUAGAACAUGAGUCUGUUCACUACGUGUCUUCGGAUUGGGACGCUCGCAUGGUUGAGAGGUUCUGCAAGUUUGUGGUCAACAACGUCCCGGGACGAGGUGUCUCCGAGUUCCACUACAGACACAAGGAUGGAAGGCCCGAAACCGUUGCCAAGGAUGACCCCGAGUGGUACCGGAAGAUGUGCCACAAAAUUUAAAGAUUUUUUUUUCUGUUCCGUACAGAUGUAAUUUCUGAAGAGCAAAAACAUAAUGGACCAGACGGCCUAACAUUACGUAACUUUACAAUAGUUCCUUUUAUCAAAAGGAAAUUUCAAUUCAAUUUUUCGACCACAUUAAGCGAUGUGCCGACAAAUUCCUAAAAUGUAUUGAACAUGAAUCGAACUGGUCUAGAGGGAAGACCAACUCUUACCUAUGUAUGUGAAACUGUUUUUAUUUUUUAUAAUAAUUUAAGCAUAAUUGACCAUUCCCAAUGACUGAUAAAGAAACAAUUCAGAUUAUUAUUAUGUAUUAAAAACAAGAUAAAAUAAAUAUGUGUUUUACGUUC